AUCAGCUUGAUAAUCAUCAAGAUUAGGCAAUCAUACUCUCCAACCAAUUGCUACAUAUUGUCGUCAUUUUCUUUGUUUUCGCAGUCAAUGAGAUUAAUGGUAGAGCAAUCAACUACAACCAAUCAUCUCUUACUCGAAGAGCAAUCAAAUACAACAAAUCGUCGCUUAUCCGAAGGUUCUAAUAUGGAUGAGAUUCAACAAGAAGAAGACGAAUAUGAGCCUAACCAUGACCAAUUGCAAUUUGAAAAUGAAGAGCGCGUUGAACGUCAAGGAGGAGAAAAUAUGACGCCUAACAAAUGCAGAAGUCCUAUGAGUGUAAUUAAGGAGUGGGUUCCUGUAUGUGAAGAUGAUUUGAACCCAAAAGAAGGGAUGGAGUUUGACAACCUGGAGGAAUGUGAGAAAUUCUACAAAAAAUAUGCUCAUCAGGUCGGUUUUAGUGUCCGUAAAUCAUCUAGCAAAAAGGAUAAAAAAAAACUGGCUUCUUAAAGUAUAAAACUUGUGUUUGUGCAAAAGAGGGAUUUAGAGAAGCUAAAUACGCUGGUACGCAAAAAGUACGAAAUGUGAAAUUGAGUAGGGAAGGGUGUGAGGCUCUGGUUGGUUUUAAAAGGACGUCAGAAGGUAAAUAUGUAGUAUAUAAAUUUCACGAAGGUCAUACCCAUUUACUUGCAACCCCUAGAAAGUGUCACAUGCUAAAAUCAAACAGGGGAAUUACUAAUGUCCAUAGAUGCUUGUAUAAGGCCUUUUCUCGUGCCAAUGUUGGUGCAAGUAGAGCGCAUCGUUACAUAAAGGAACAAGUGGGUGGGUAUCAAAAUGUUGGAUGUAGUAAGCAAGAUUUGAAAAACUUCCAAAGAUUUGAGCCUUCAUAUUAAAGAUUAUGAUGUUGACAUGUUUAUUGAGAAUUUCAAGAGAAAACAAAAAAUCGAUCCUUCAUUCUAUUUUGCAUAUGAGAUAAACAAGGCCACGCGCCAAUUGAGACAUGUGUUUUGGGCAGAUGGCAUUUCUAGAAAAAAUUAUGCACUAUAUGGAGAUGUUGUGUCAUUUGAUACUACUUAUGACACUAACAGAUAUAAGAUGAUCUUUGCUCCAUUUACUGGUCUUGAUAAUCACAGACUUUGUAUUACAUUUGGAGCAGCAAUUUUGGGGGAUGAGAAAGCUGAAUUUUUUUCGUGGUUAUUUGAAAAGUUCUUAGAUGAAAUGGAGGGUUAUAAACCUGUUUGCAUCAUUACUGAUCAAGAUCCUGCAAUGAAAGUAGCCAUCAAAAAUGUUUUUGACACGUCUACUCAUAGGUUUUGCAUAUGGCAUAUAAUGAGAAAACUUUCAGAAAAGGUGGGAAGCACUUUGAGUAGUAAUGAAGAUUUUAUGAACCAAUUUAAGUCUUGUGUGUAUAAUUCAGAGACAAAGGAGGAAUUUGAAUCAUCUUGGAAAUCAGUUAUCAAUGAAUUUGAGUUACAAAAUAAUGACUGGCUUUCUCAGAUGUUUUCAAUUAGGAACUUGUGGAUAUCAGCUUAUUUCAGAGAUGUUUUCUUAGGAGCUGUAUUACGGACGACGUCGAGGUUUGAAAGUGAAAAUAGUUUUUUUUGUAGUUUCACAAAUCCGCAUUUGAGUCUAGUGGAGUUCUGGAUGCGGUUUGAGAGUGCUGUAGAAUCACAGAGACAUUCUCAAUCAAUGUCUGACAAUGAUAACUUUUCUUUAAUUCCUGAACUAAAAACAAAUAGGGAUUUGGAGAGACAUGCAAGUCAAGUCUAUACUUUCACUAACUUUUACAAGUUUCAAGAGCAGUUGUGGCUUGCUUGUAUGGAUUGUGAAGUUGAGGACAAGAAAGACACAGAAGAGGGACUAGUUAUAACAUAUCUAAUCAUGCUAGAAAAAAUGGGAAGAUGCGUGAGGUUGUAUAUAACUCUCUUAGUCACGUGGCACGUUGUUCAUGCAAAAUGUUUCAAUGUGAAGGCAUUCCAUGCCGACAUAUAUUAUGCAUUCUGAAGGGAAAAGGUUUGUCUGAAAUUCCAGGUUAUUAUAUCUUGAACAGAUGGACCAAGAUGGCAGCAAGCAAGUCAAUUUUUAACGUGUCUAGUAACCUUUUGGAAGGUUAUUCCAAAAGAGAUAAUGAGGAUAAGCUCAUUUCUAAUAAUUGGUUGGAAUUCAUGAACUGCAUGAAUUUGGCAGGAAGAGACCCUGAAAAACUAACUCUUAUCUCAAAUGAAUUACAAAAUGUAUCAAAAUAAUUAAAAGAGUUCGAGAGUAAUCCCACUGAGAGCAGAACACAAGAGUUAGAAUCUUUUAUCGGAUCAAGUGCACCGAAAGAAGUUGAGAUUCUUCCACCAAAACAAUCGAAUACCAAAGGAUCUGGUAAACGUAUGAAGGGGGGAAAAGAGAAGGCAAUGGAACAGCAAGAAAAGAAAUAGAGACAUUGUAAAAGUUGUGGUCAUUUGGCAUACCAUGAUAGCCGAAAUUGCCCUGCAAAGCUCUCUAAUUAACCAGGGUGUUCUGUUGCUGUAUGUUGUCUGUGGUUACUAUUUUGGCUCUAGUUGCUGCUGGUGGUGGUGGUGGUGGUGGUAUUGCUGAUGUUGAUGUGGUGGUGAUGGUGUUGCUGCUGCUUUUGAUAUGGUGUUGCUGUUGCUGUUGUUGUUGGUGGUGGUGGUGGUAUUGCAGAUGUUGAUGUGGUGGUGAUGGUGAUGGUGCUGCUUUAGAUGUGGUGUUGAUGUAGCCGUUUAUUUUCUACCAUCUGUUGUUGUUUUCUUUAAUUGGAUAAUAGGGCGAAUUUUAUGCUAGUUCUCGUUGCUUCAGUACUUGUUACAGCAAUAAACUGAAGUAUGUAUUAUGUAUCAUCGUUUUAGGGUCACAGUUUGGUAUCAAACUCAAUCGUGUCUUGUGAGCAGUUGAUAUCAGUGAUCAGACCAGUUUUGAGAAAGUUCAUUUCUUAUAAACACUCAGGGAAAUCAAUUUGUGAUCCAGUUUUGAGCAAGAAUACAACAAACAGUUGGAUGAUCAAAGUUCCUCUCUGAUUCAGAUUUGUAGUGUUGAACUACUGAGUUGUAGCUGUAGAUUUAACUGAACAUUUUUCUUGAUAGUUUCAGCUUUGGUAUGAUUGAAAAUUGGGAAUACGAAGUACAACAACAUUUCAUCAUGUAUUGCCAACUGAUUAAUCAAUCCCUUUUGAAGUUGUAGCUGCAAUCUUAAAAAUUUAUACAAAACAGUUGACAGA